GUCAUCAUAGUCAGUCAUUGUGCAAUCGGGUAGUUGAGUUCGGUGUAGGUUUCUGUAGCGUUUCUUUAUUUCUUUCUUUUUUAUUUAUUUAUUUAUUUUUAAUUUUUUUUUAAAAUGAAAUUGAUUGGGUUAUUUCUCUUCAGUGUUCAUAUGAACCUUUGUGUCCUUGCAAACAAAUACUCCCGGCAAGCAAAUGAACCAGAAAGCGGUGAUCAGAAUGUCGAGUUCAGGAUAGCUAAACUGAACCAAGUAUGGGAGAAGGCACUUCGGCUUCAAUUGUCACCUGUAAAGCAAGCUGAGCUGCACAGUGAUUUAAAAAUACAGGAAAAGGAUGAGCUUAACUGGAAAAAACUGAAGGCAGAAGGACUUGAUGAAGAUGGUGAAAAAGAAGCAAAGUUAAGACGUAACUUUAAUGUAAUUCUUGCAAAAUAUGGUUUGAAUGGAAAAAAGGACACAAGACCUUUGGAAAACAAUUUUCUUAAGGAUCAUGAGGGUGUGCAGGAUGACUUUGAAGAUCCUCGAUUGGAGAAACUCUGGAACAAGGCAAAAACAUCUGGAAAAUUUUCUGAAGAAGAGCUACAUAGUUUACACAGGGAGUUCCAGCAUCACAAGGAUAAAAUACAGGAGUAUAAUAUAGCAAUGGAAACUGUGAGCAGAACUGAAGAAAUUCACAAGAAUGUUAUCAGUCCUUCUGAGAUGGAAAUUAAAGAACAUGUUUUGCAUGAGAAGCAUGCUGAUCUUAAAGAAAAGCUCAGAAACAUUAACCAAGGCUUUGAACGGUUACGCCGAUUGAGUCAUCAAGGUUAUGGUCAAGAUAGUGAGUUUAAAGAACCAAGAGUACUAGAGCUUUGGGAUAUGGCAAAAAUGGCAAACUUUUCCGAGGAUGAGCUUGAAUCAUUUAAAGAAGAGCUAAAACACUUUGAAGCCAAAGUAGAGAAACAUCAGCAUUACCAAGAGCAGCUAGAACUAUCACACCAGAAACUCAAACAUGUUGAAGCUCUAGGAGACAAAGAGCACAUGGUGAGAAACAAAGAGAAGUAUACCAUGUUGGCUGAGAAGACCAGAGAAAUGGGCUACAAGAUGAAGAAGCAUCUUCAAGAUUUAACAGGCAGGAUUACAAAGGGUGGACUUCAACACAAUGAGCUUUAGAGGGAAAUGUAUGGACCUUUUAAAUACUCUGAACUCUGAGGCUUAAUCACAUGGUGCACUAUGUGAGUUCACACAAAGGAAAAUUUUCAAAGCAUUGUGUUUGUUCUAAACUUUAUAAUCGCAUUUUAAGUGAAGGUUUUAUAUAGUAUACAGUUUCCCUUUUCUACUGUGAUUAAUAUUAAAAUUUAUAUUACACACUGCGUACAGAGUUGUCGUACAGUGCGCCGUCAUUUGUAUGUUUUCUGACGUGGAGUCAUCCAAACAGUGGGCUUCAGGUUUGUCGGACCACCUCUGUGGAGCAGUGAAGCAUAAAACUGCACACCAGUUAUGUAUAAAUGUCACCCGUGAAGUCACACUCAUUCUUAUUUCCAUUGUAAGCAAACAUUUUGUCUUUUGUGUAAAUUAGUGUAUUGUUUAAAAUUGCACUUUUUUAACAAUUAAAUUGUUGUACAUAUUUGUAAUUUACAGUUGCAUUUAAGAUGAAUUCUAAUCAAACACAUUCCAGUGUUAUCCUCAUUACCAGAAUAGUUGUGGAAAAUAUUUAAAAAUCCUUUUUUUUUU